AUGUACGCCAACGAAAGCGCGAUUAGGGUUAAGAGGUUGGCGACCAUUGUUCCCAAAGUUUCUCAAGUAGAUAAUUCUUCAAAUUUCCUGAACAACAUUCCUCACCGAAAACACCCAGGCAUCCUCCAUCUCAAAUGUGUGAAGCUUCCACCUGAACUAGUGCAAGCAGUUUCCUUUUGGGUAGCACAAUCCCCCAUACGCGAUAUGAAGAAGAAAUCCGAGUCUUUUAUCAACUACCUCUGGAGCCGCAAACGCCCGAUAGAGCUUAAAGAUCUGCAGAAAAAAGCACAACUCCUGGAACAGAAGCUGAGGAAGGAUGCGGAAGUCCUGAUCGAACAGAAAGGUGGAUCUCUAGAUGAAAGUGAUGAGAAGCUGAAGCAAAAAGUUUUGACUGUUCUUCGUAAAUCAACCUACCACUGGGAAGAAUUGAAAUACACCGAUGAGCUCAGCUUUCUGUACAUGGUCAGCCGGAUGGAUGCAAACUAUGCAGCAGUGAGCCGAGCUUUCCACGAAAUCCAGAAGCGAGUACCAGAUUUCCAGCCCAAAACUUUGCUGGAUUUCGGCUCGGGCACCAGUGCUGUCAGCUGGGCAGCCCAUAGCAUCUGGGGCAAAAGCUUGAAAGAAUACAUAAAUGUUGAUUGCUCUGUCCCCAUGCUGGCCCUGGCAGAGAAGCUGAUGCAAGGCAUCUCUGAAUCCAAAGAGCUUUCCUUUCCUGGUGUAUACUUCAGGCAAUUUCCCCCUGUUGGGCCAAAGAUGACGUUUGACCUCACAGUAUCCGCUUUCUCUCUCAAUGACCUGCCAACCUAUGCUCAGAGGAAGGCAACAGUGAAAAACCUGUGGAAAAAAACCAACAACUUUCUGGUUCUGGUUGAAAAUGGAACCAAGGAAGGCCAUCAGAUGCUCAUGGAGGCCCGAGAUGUCAUUUUGAAGGGAGCAGAUAAAGUAAAUGAAAAGGCUCAUGUUUUUGCUCCGUGUCCUCACCACUUGCCCUGCCCUCGAUUGUUACUGGAUAAUCCUUUGCCGUGCAACUUCCUCCAGCAGUACGAAUCCCUGCCUUUGUCUUGGAACCCUCCACACAAAAUCGAGAGAUUUUCUUUCUUGAUCCUGGCCCGCGGAUCGGGGGAGUCAAUGGAGCCCUGGCCUCGCAUCACCCAGCCUGUCCUUUGCCGCAAACACCACAUCCAUGUGCACCUGUGUUGCACUGAUGGCACCCUUCAACAUGCCGUUGUGACAUCAAAGAAACAUAGCAGGGAUCUCUAUCGAUGUGUCUGGAACAGUAAUUGUGGAGAUCGACUUCCUGUUCUGGCUGCAGAUAUAAAAUCCGUUUUGGAGGACAACUCAACUGCCGAAGACCAGAUAAACGAUUCCCAAAAAGUGAACACCGCUACUUGUCAGGAUCAGAAUUGAUGCUUCCGGCAUACUUUCAUGCUUCCUUUUGGUAUGUUCAGACUGGAUAUCUAUCUCAGAUUGCUGGUUUCCAGAAUCUGGAAUUCCUUACGCUGUUGGAGCUGUAGACCCGAGGUUGUUUCUGCUUGGCAGUGCGUGUAUAAUCGACAAGAUCGAACUGUGGUACACCUCUCUCUGCGUUCUAUGGAUAAUGGCGAUUUUCUCGGAACCACUUCAGCCGGUAUCAGAUGUGGUGGAUUGAAUUCAAGCUUUUUUUCCCUCUUGGAUAUUAAUAGCAAGCCAAGUCAGGUAUCCGGAGAUUAAAUUACCUGUGAUUAUGUUGGUGGGAAGUUUGAACAUUCUCACAAGACACAGAGAUAAACCCUUUGGUUGGCUUCUUCAGUCUUGUGCUCUACAAAGAAUUUGGAUUACAGAUUCCAUCUCUAGCCCUUGGCUGUGAGAGCUAAUUGGACCUGAUAAAGGUUUGGAGAACACGAGGGUGCCAGAAUCUACACUGCAUAUAUCUCUUUCUGGAUUAUUCCAUUUGGGUUGGAAUUGGACUAUUUAAAUUAAACAUCAUCUAUAAGAUUAACUGAAGGUGAUAAAAAAUAGCUUAUUAACAUUUUCAGAUACAGAAGGAGGGUGUUACACAAGAAAUGCAGUAACACUCCCGGCGAAGUAGUAGAAGCCAAAAUUAAAUGGGUCAGCAUAAUAUUUUUCUGUUCUGGGUGACACUUGGUUGCCCUGAAACUCACAAAUAUGUCUCCUACCUAAUUUUGGAUUGGUUGGUCAGCAGGUUCAAAAGCUUGGCUUGAUUGUGGUUUUAUUUCUUCCUUGUUCUGCCUUCUUGUGUGUUAUGUGUUUAGCUAAAGAAGAGAACAAAUAUUUUCCAACUUUUAAGAGAAGGCUUGGUAGUGUGUGUUCAAAUAAAAUGGCUUGGAGAUCCUGAGUGAAGAGGAAGUGGAGACAGUUUUGGCUGACACAAUGAUGCAAAAGGGUGUGUGCGCUUAUGACCACUCUAAUCCCAGCUCUCAAAAAGAUGCCAAGUAGAUUGAAAUUGGAGAGUGAAUAACGUAGGAGGGAUCCUGGGAUUAGUAGGUUUGGGAUUGGUUGCUUAAGGAGGAAGAUUUGGGCACUUAAUAGUUUCAUUGUUUUUUAAACUCCUCUGCAUGUACCCAGAGGCCUGUGGGGGUCCUUGGUGCUCUCUGAGCUUGCUUCCUAGGCACUGAUGUUACCCUGUUUCCCUGAAAGUAAGU